GAGGGUAAAAGUCAUUCCUUAGAUUCAUCUCAUUCACCCCCCUACAGCUUUCUGCAUGUGUGAAAGGGAAGGAGGAUGACCAAGUAGGUGUUGCCAAAGAUUCUGCUUCCUCACCCCCAACACUAGUCAAGGUCUGUGGUCUGAGUAAGAAAAAGGUUAAGGAGUUAGGCUCAUUCUUUCAUUUACAUUUGCUCUUUCCCAAACACAUAUAACAUGCACACACAUGCACACACGCCCAAUAAUUCAAGCCUGUUGCCCAUUAUCUUUUCACUCUUUUUACUCUCCACUCCUCCUCCUCCUCUCCCUCCUCCAAUUAUUGCAAUGCAUCUUCUCUUUCCCCUAGGACCAGGUGAUGGAGGCAUUUUUAGAUUCUGGUCCAUUUCUUCAAUGGACCCUGAGGUUAGCUGAGGACAACCAGGCUCACAUUUCCUGGCUGUCAAAGGUGAUAAAACAAAUAGGGCACGCAUGCGGAACUGAUCUCCCUAUGCAAGUACAGGGAUGAAGUGAAGAGAGCCAGGGUGUUCAAGGAGCAUGCAUAUUUUAGGUCCCUGUCCUUGACUUGUGGGUUGAAAGCUUGAAAGUGCAGCUGUCUUUGAAGGAGUCCAGCCUAAGUGGCCUGUUGCAAAGGGAGAGACAGAGUGCCCCCCCCCGUUCUAUUUCCCACCCGCCUGACAGAUGGCCAGUAAGACAGAGAAAAAGAAGCUCUCAAAGUGAAGACAGGAAUGCAUUGUAUAAAAAUUCACACCCCCUGCUGCCGCCCAAACUCCCUUAAAAAAGGAUCAAGAGAAUCCUAAUGGGUACGUGACAUCCUCCCUCUCUCCCAUAAAAGGGACUUCAAAAUCUGGUGACCAUGGGGGAGGGGUGAGGAGGGAGAAGAGAAAUGUGUGGGCAGGGGGCUGCCGGGGAAGACUAGGGUAAGGGGAACAGGACUGUGGGCUCAGCCAUUUGACUUUCUCCUAUGGUCUCUUCCCAGCCACCUCUGGCUGAACCUUUGGCCCAACCUCUCAACCUGAGAGAAGCUUGGAGCCCCAAGUGCCUGGACAGGGACAGUGGGAGAAAAGGAGAGAUGAUAGCACACUUAGCCUUAGAGUUGAAGGAGUUAAGGACCCUCCCUCAUCCAGACACCCACCCCUUCGCUCCUGAAACCAUAAUUCGCCAAGGAAGGAACCAAGAAUUGACAGAGGAUCUGGGAAGUUGGGGGUGGGGUGGGAUGGGGGCGAGGUAACUAUGGCCCAAUCUUGCCCAGAGCUUGUCCUCGGUGGGAGGACAUACACCCGGGUCUAAGAACCUGCAAGAGCCCAGCUCCGGUGCCUGCUUUCAUCGAGUCUCCAGCGUGGCCUUGCAGCGUUCGCGCCGCCCUUUGCCCCCGCGCAAGUUGUCCACGGCACCUGGGGGUGGAGGCGGCCAAAAGACCCCUGGAGCCUGGAGGAGGCGGCGGGCCCGGGGGCGCUGGGGGCCCUCCGUCUGCGCCCAGCCGCCGCUCGCUCUACCGAACCUCCUACCCCGCCCCCACUCACCCGGCUCAGCCCCUAGGAGAGACGCGCAGGAAGCGUGUUGCUUCGCCCAGCCGAUCGGCAGAAGUUGAGAGGAGUUGGUGGCUGCCUCCGGCCGGCCGGACUUUGUGAGCAGCCAGGAGAAGAGACGCCGCCGCUGCCGCGAAGCCUUCGGGGCUGCCUCCCUCCAGCCUAGCCCGCAGCGCGGGUGGAGAGGGGCGGGGAGGGGGUCGGGUGCGCGAGAAGAACUUGAAACUGUGUGAAGGAAUCCGAAGCAGAUGAGAAGGGAGGAAAAUAAAACAAAGUGGAGACUGCAGAAAAGACUCAACCGUAGUUGAUUGUAUCGGCUGACGCUCCAGCAGAGGGGCUGGGUUGGUUUUUUUUUUUUUUUCCUCCCAUUCUCUCUCUCUCUCUCUCUCUCUCUCUCUCUCUCUCUCUUUAAAGCUACACCAGCUCUCUCUUUCUCUACUAUCUCUGUAUCAUCAAACCCUUGCUGGCUCUUAUGGGCAUGAAACACUCCUCCCGCUGCCUGCUCCUAAGGAGGAAAAUGGCGGAGAACGCUGCCGAGAACACCGAGGGCUGCUGUGACAAAGAACCACAAACAGGCUGGCUUAAAACAACAGAGGUGUACUCUCUGGCAGUUCUGGAGGCCACAAGUCUGAGAUCCAGAUGCUAACAGGGUGAGCAGUGCCCCCCCGCAGCCCCCUCAGCCCGUCGCCCCACCCAAGCCUGUGCAAUGUGUCCAUCAUGUCUCCACGCAACCCAGCUGCCCAGGACGGGGCAAGAUGUCCAAGCUGCUGAACCCAGAGGAGAUGACCUCGAGAGAUUAUUACUUCGACUCCUACGCUCACUUUGGGAUCCACGAGGAAAUGCUGAAGGAUGAGGUGCGGACACUCACCUACCGGAACUCCAUGUAUCACAACAAGCAUGUGUUCAAGGACAAAGUGGUGCUGGACGUUGGGAGUGGUACUGGGAUCCUUUCCAUGUUUGCUGCCAAAGCAGGGGCCAAGAAGGUGUUUGGGAUUGAAUGUUCCAGUAUUUCUGACUACUCAGAGAAGAUCAUUAAGGCCAACCACUUGGACAACAUCAUCACCAUAUUUAAGGGUAAAGUGGAAGAGGUGGAGCUGCCUGUGGAGAAGGUAGACAUCAUCAUCAGCGAGUGGAUGGGCUACUGUCUGUUCUAUGAGUCAAUGCUCAACACGGUGAUCUUUGCCAGGGACAAGUGGCUGAAACCUGGAGGGCUUAUGUUUCCAGACCGGGCAGCAUUGUACGUGGUAGCAAUUGAAGACCGACAGUACAAGGACUUCAAAAUCCACUGGUGGGAGAAUGUCUAUGGCUUUGAUAUGACCUGUAUCCGGGAUGUCGCCAUGAAGGAGCCCCUGGUGGACAUCGUGGAUCCAAAGCAAGUGGUGACCAAUGCCUGUUUAAUAAAGGAAGUGGACAUUUACACGGUGAAGACGGAAGAGCUGUCAUUCACAUCUGCCUUCUGCCUGCAGAUACAGCGAAAUGACUACAUCCACGCCCUGGUCACCUAUUUUAAUAUUGAAUUUACCAAGUGCCACAAGAAAAUGGGGUUUUCCACAGUCUUCUCAUUUUUAGCUCUGGUCCCAAGCAAAGAGGAAAUCAGUAUUAAUGAGUCCUACAUCCAGGUGGAGGAAGCCCCCGAUGCCCCCUACACCCACUGGAAGCAGACUGUCUUCUACUUGGAAGAUUACCUCACUGUCCGGAGGGGGGAAGAAAUCUAUGGGACCAUAUCCAUGAAGCCAAAUGCCAAAAAUGUGCGAGACCUCGAUUUCACGGUAGAUUUGGAUUUUAAGGGACAGCUGUGUGAAACAUCUGUAUCUAAUGACUACAAAAUGCGUUAGCAUACGUGGGAGGCUGCAGACAGCGAGCAAGAAGAGAAACUCUUACCUCGAUCUGCGGCUCUGUAACAAGGAACACCGUUUGCAGGACUACACUCUCGAAAACCAGAGUUUUUAAAUUCUGCCUUGAAGAUUGGUGAACUCACCAGGGCUCCCGUGGGCCACUGGACAGAGAGCUUCCAGUUCCUCGGCUCUGCUCUGGGAGCCCUUCACAGAAGCUUUGCUGUCGCCGACAAAGAGCAACCUCCCGUGCUGUGGCUGGGGCCCCCGAGGAUGGAAAAGUGUACACGUAUACCCAUUUGUCCUCCUUAACUGUGAAUCUCUGGAACUUCCAAGUUUUGCAUGCUGCAGGCAUCUAGGACAGAUUGCUUCACUAGAACCUGGAGACAUAGUGUCUUUGAUAGCAUAAGCCAGAUUACCUGUCUGUGCGGUGGUGUGCGUGUGUGCGUGUGUGUGCGUGUGCGUGUACAGCAUAUACAUUAGUUUAUUUACCCACACCUGUAUAUGCAUGCAUAUACAACCACGUGGGUAUAUUUCUGUGUUCAUUCAGGGUGUGUGUGUGUGUGUGUGUGUGUGUGUAUGUGUGUGUGUGUGUGUGUGUGUGUGUGCGCGCGCGUAGACUAUAUAUUACUCUCAGAGGAGAUUCUGUUGCUUUCGAAUAGGAAUUUGUUUUGUGAUUAGUUCUCCCCACUUCCCAUCCCUUACAGAUGUUAAGCAGCUAUGAAACGUUCUCUGUACUAGCUCUGGUCUUCUUUUGACUAGACUGUGGCUCUGAACCCUGAGCACAGUACCACGCACUCUGUUGGCACUCAAUAAAUGCACAUGAGAGCGAA